AGGUUUGCGACAGAGGCCGCGGGUCCGGACCGGGGAGCUUAGAGGGGACCCGCAGCUCAGCUCUGGGCUGUCCGCCGGCGUCGAAGGUCUGUCCCUUCCUCACGCUCCCGUCCGGGUUCCUGAGUCUCAGCACCGAAUCCCGGCGGGGUGUAGACGCGGAGCCACGUCCCCCGGCGCCUCCAGGACUCCCCAGGGUGCUGGCGCCUGGGGACUCCAAGCUGCUGGAGAUGAGGCGAGGCAGGCUCCGGCAGAGCGGCCCCCGCGUGUGAGCGCCCACCCUCCGCCACCGCCGGGACUUCCUGGGCCCCAGGGGUCCCGCCAUGCGCGCGCCCUGAGCUGCAGGCCUUGGCAUCGCGGAACUGAGGCUCCGGGAGGCUAUGCUGGCUCGCUUUUGAGUGGCCUGUGGAGAGUUGAAGAAACUCCAAAAUGGAGGACUUUACUGCCAGGACCUACGGCACCAGUGGCCUGGACAACAGACCUCUGUUUGGGGAGACGUCGGCGAAGGAUCGAAUCAUCAAUUUAGUUGUUGGCAUCCUGACAUCCUUAUUGAUUCUAGUAACACUGAUCAGUGCAUUUGUUUUCCCUCAACUACCUCCAAAGCCGUUGAAUAUAUUUUUUGCUGUCUGCAUCUCUUUAAGUAGUAUUACUGCCUGCAUACUUAUCUACUGGUAUCGACAAGGAGACUUAGAGCCGAAAUUUAGAAAGCUAAUUUACUAUAUCUUAUUUUGUAUCAUCAUGUUAUGUAUAUGUGCAAACCUGUACUUCCAUGAUGUGGGAAGGUGAGACUGCCAAGAAAAAAAUACCAGGACUCUUCCAAACUAUAAAGUAGGACAAUGAAUAAAUAAUCAUUGGAUUAAGUAUGCUGAAUACUCUCCUGCAGAAGUCUGAUACAUGAUUUUCAUGUUAACUGCAAUUUUAAAUUCCCUCUUGUAUGGGAGACAUACAUCAUAGAUCACUUCGUUUUUCUUUAAGGUAAACAUUCCAACCCUUAAAGCUCAAUAGCACAAGUCAUUUUCACUUUUGAAAUGAAAAUUUUUUACAAUGUAAUUGCAUGGCAAAAGGCUAUGUAACAAACAAGAUCUUGCAUUUUAAGACAAAUAUUCUUUUAUUUCUGUUAAACAUACAAUUAUUGUUCCCUAGGCAACCAACUUUUGCUUAUAACUACAAUUUCAUUUCACGUUAACAAAACAGUGAAGACAACUUUGAUUGUGAAGAUCUAAUUACAAUAAUAAAUAAAAUAAUUUAUACAA